CACAGCGACCAAGGUCAUCAGCGGAUCCCAGCAAGAUGGCGGACUUGAAGGCUCAGAUCGAAUCCAACAGCCAGAAGCUGAUGGACUGUUUCAAGGCUAACGACAUGAAGGGUCUGUCCGAGCUGUAUGCGGAGGACUGUAAACUCCUGCCGCCUGGGAUGGAGACUCAGCACGGUCGCCAAGGCGUGCUGAAGGCGUUGACAGCUCUGUGGGCGGAGGGUGCCCGCUCCAUGGAAUUGGUCGUGGAGGAGCUGGGACAGCUGGGAGAUGACGCGGCUUUUGAGCGGAGCACCUACACCGUCAAGAAGGGGGACGGCAGCGUUAUGGAUGUGGGCAAGUAUGUUGUCAUCUGGAAGAAGAUCGGCGGCGCCUGGAAGCUGUACAUCGACGUCAACAAUUCCAACAAAGCCUGAGAGUCCAUCUGCCGACAUUCGGGACACAGAAAAUGAUGACUACGACCUCAAAAACACUUGCUGAAGCAAACAAGCAGCAAAAUGCUUCCUGAUUCCACUCCUUUCCACUAGACGCAGAUUGCUAACCAAUUACUUUCCGCCCGGUCGCUGAUAAAAUUACCAAGUUGUGCAAAUAUCAGGCCCCCUUUCCUGGGUGUUGUCCUCGCGUUGCAUGCAUGUCACUCAGCUAUUUAGAUUUCGUAGUGUAAUAUGCUACAAGCGUAAAAUUAUGAUUUAAAUCCAACAAAGCAGAUAAAAAAUAAAAACAAGAUUGUUCUCUAUCUAUGAAAUUUGUUGCACGGUCUGUAAAAUCUUUAGUCGCUCAGCAGUAGAAGCCUCUAGUGGAAAGGUAGUGUAAACAAAAACAUGGAAUAAUAUUUGCACGAGAUGCCAUACUCUAUCUGAGUGAAACGAUAAGUUAGGACUUUAGAGUUAAGCUUAACAUGACAGUAAAAAUCCCUGUACGCUAAUAAAUGCCUCGCUACAUUUGCAAAACUGUGAGUCAGUAACUGCAAGCAGAUGCAGUCCCAGAACUUGCGUAUUCUAGUCAAACAAUGGAAGCAAAAGAAACGGACGGGAAAAAAGCCAUAUAUCACCUGAAAAUUAGCUGUCCAUACAUCAACAUUCUGAUUACUCAUCAAUAUAAUAGGCUAAUGUCGAUAAGAAAGUAGUGUUCCGGAAAUUAUGUACUGAAGGGAAGGAAUGUGAACGAGCUUUGAAAAGUCGGAUUGCACGUUUACAUUUAGUUUACAUUACAAAGAAUGUGUAUUUAACACUUGCGUAGCACGCUUAUUAACCAUCAAUAAAGGUCAGUAAUAAAA